AUGACCAGCGCUUCUUCAAGCAAGAAACCUCCUUUCGAGAUCUUCUCUUCUGUACGCUUUGAUACAGAUCUGCCAGACGUGGCCUGUCGCUUUGCACAAUGCUAUCCCACACCCCAUCACUCGCCCUAUUACCUCCUCGCCUACCACCAGGACCGUUUGAUAGCAGCAGCGCGUCAUUUUCAGAUGGAAAAGGCACUAGCAUGGUUGCAACAGGAUCUCAAAAGUUUUGAGCUAUUUCUCGACGCGUCAAUCCCAAACCGAAGCAAACCGUGGAGACUUCGAAUCGUAGUAAACAACAAUGGAAACUGCACAGUGGAUGUGAACCCAACAGCAGCAAUCGACCUCAUGGGUUUGCUCAUUCCCACUUUACACACAGCCCCAACAGUGCCUGUGUGGAAGGUUUACGUUGAUACAGAAUGCAUCGUUCCUUCGGGCUUUACAACUCACAAAACCACCGCACGAGAUGACUACACAGCUGCCCGACUCAGGGCCGGGAUCAAAUCACCAGCAGAAACAUCCGAAGUUCUGCUUGUGAACCCCAACAACGAGAUCAUGGAGGGCAGCAUCACUACGGUGUAUUUCCAACGGGAUCACAUGUGGAUCACACCUCCAUUAAGCAGCGGCGGUAAUGCAGGCACAACGCGGAGAUAUGCCAUGUCUCGAGGGUUCUGUGUGGAACAAAUUAUCAGACGUAACGAGCUUGUGGAUGGGGAGCUGUGUUGGUUGAGCAACGGGGUAAGGGGUUUUAUGCAAGGCCAAGUGGUGUUGACAUAG